AUGAUGAACAAUAUAAGAUUGUUACAGGAUUAUGAAAUCGAAAACUAUGGAUCAACUAAAGGUAUAAAUGAACUAUUGGAUGAAGUUAGAAAUGUCGUUGAUAUCUAUUUUAAUAAUCCAAUAUCACACGACAACAAUAACAACAACAAUAACAGUAAUAAUAAUAAAAUAUCACCAAGACAACCUGUAUUUAAAUCACCACCAUCAACAUCUGAUUUUCAAAAGCAAUCAUCAUUCGGACAACAAUCACCUCUGAAAGUUUCAACUCGAUUCCAAUUGAAUCCAGUCCAACAACAACAACCACCAUCACCAACAAAAUCACCUCAUGCAUAUCAAUAUCAACAACAACAACAACCAACAUCACCAACAAAAACUCCACCACAACUCUCACCAAAUUCAACAAGACAUCAACAGCAACAGCAACAACAAGCACACAACUACUCACUUGCUAAUCAAAAGAAAUCAGAUGCCGCUUCAUCAUCGUUUAUCGAUGUAAGAACGAUCGGUCUGAAAGAGUUGACUACUCUGUUGAAUAGGAGACGUGAAGGAUCCAUACAUAUCAGAGCAAUCAAACAAAUUGCAACACUCUAUCAGAAUGCCAAGCAAUCGCAAUCGAUAAAGAGUCGCUUCAUCGAUGAAAUACUCCAAGGAAGUUGUCUGCGUUCACUCCUCUCGUUCCUAACACUACAGGAACCACUCAGUUGCGAAUCGUUCGACUACUCUGACCCAAAGAUAAGUGAAACGAUCAUUGACAACUCGCUAUCACUAAAGAUACUGAUACAUCAGAUUCAGCUGCACUCUGAUAUCGGUCCCAAUGAGAUAACCACUGAGUCAAUAUCUAUUAAAUUACUUGAUCUAUUAUAUCAAGUAUCUGAUUGUCCUAAAACAAGAGCAUUUGCAUGUGAUAGUGGUAUAGAAAAGUUGGUUGAUUUACUAAAGGUCAACGAAAUCUAUCCACAAUCAUUGAAUAGAGGUAACUAUUAUAUCAUUUCAAAUACAUCAAAGGAAGAUCCAACUGCAAAUAGAGCUACUCUACAGAUUAAAGUAUUGCAAUGUUUAGAGAAACUAUCUAACAAUGAGAAUAAUAGAUCAAAGAUUGGUAUGGCAGGAAUAUAUAAUUCACUUAGCUAUCUUAAACCAAUGUAUAACAUUCCACCUGAUGUAUUCCGUUGGAAUACAACCAUACUUGAAAAAGUAUUGAAAUUUAUCAUUCAACUAUUAUAUAAUGAUCAUGUUAAACAAGUAUUUGUUGAAAAGAAUGGUUGUAAUAUUAUUGUAUCGAUGGUAUCGUCAGAGUAUUUGCCAUCUACAGUGUUGUUAUCGUGUGCUCAAGUGUUGGGACAGAUAGUGACACCAAAGAAGACUGAGAACAGUCGUGUUUUCUACUCGGUUGACAAGGUCAUGGGUAAUGAGAUCGUACCGUCACUGAUGAAGCUAUUAAAGUCGUAUCCAGAGGAGAGAGCACUACAACUCUUGGUAUGCAAAGUAUUCACCAAUCUCGGCACCAGAGAUGAGAACAAACAAUCCAUCUUCCAAGAAGGUGGAAUUCAACUACUACACAAUCUGCUACUGACCAACGAUGCAGAUGUAAUUGCAGCAUCCUGUGAAACUAUUGCUGUACUAUCAAAUAACAAAUUCAUAAGAAAAGUAUUAAGAUUAUUGAAUUCAGUUGAUAUAUUGAUUGAACAACUUAAUGGUAGUAAUCAAUUAAUCAAAAAGAGUUGUAUUCAAACACUCUACAAUAUAUCGUGUGAUGAAGAAGGUUUGGAGAUUCUGUUGGACGACAGAUCCGGUCUUUUACCUCAGACUCUAAUAUCAUUACUAUUUAGUAAUGAUGCACAGAUUCAAAUCUAUACUAUUAAAUUAUUAAGUAUUUUAACUCAAGAUGAACAAUACUUGGAUAUAUUCAUAAAUAAAGGUGGUAUCCAAGCAGUACUCAACUCAUUAUACUCAAAUAAUGAGAAUCUUCAAUAUAGUGUUCUUGAAUUCUUAAACAAAGUUAUACAAAGUAGCAGAAUAGUUCAAGCAUCAAUUCUUAAUGAUGGUAUCAUUGAUAAGUUAAAGAAAUUGUCAACUCAUGAAAAUGUAACAAGACAUUCAUCUAUUUUAGUACAACCUUUAAAGGCAUUCUUAAUGACAGUAAAGAAUCUACAACCAAAUACACCACCAGAAUCACCACCUAUUGAACAUCAUCGUUCACAUUCCAACCAACAGUCAAGAUCAAAUGGCAAUAAUAAUAAUAAUAAUAGCAAUAAUAAUAGCAAUCAAAGUAGAGUCGGUAAUAGUAACUCACAGUAUCCUGCUCAACGAUCACCACCACAAGCUAGAUUAAACUCACCACCAUCACCAUCUGAACAACCUAAGCAACCAGACUACAAAAAGAUUGAAGCUGUUCUAGGGAAAUUGGACGUAGACCAACUGAGAAAUGUCAUUUUGGAAAUGGUAAGACAUGAUCCAACCAUAUCAGAGAUUCUACCUACCUCUAUUAAAGGUGUAAUAACUGGACAACCACAAGUAUAUAAUAACAAUAACAAUAACAAUAACUUUGGUAACGGUGGUGUUGUUAAUCGUCAAACUUCUUCACCUCCACCACCUGUACAGCUAUCUUACCGUCAACAACAACAACAGCAACAACAGCAACAACAAUACAACCCAUCAACUCCACCUCCUCCACCUCUACCUCAAUAUCAACAACAACAACAACAACCAUCUAAACAAUUGAAUAAAUCACCAACUUCUCAACCAAGAACUGGAGGUAAUAACCAGAACAGAAAGAGUACUGGUAAUACCAAGACGACUGCCUAUGAUUGUCUUAUGGAUGAGAUAAGGGACAAGGUUGGAACCGGCAAGCUGAGACUGAGACACAUCGAUACUGAAGUGGAGACAGAGAACCGAAGAAAAGAAGAAUUGAUGCAGAAACAAAACGGUAUACUCAAGGACAUCGUUAACAAUGCUCAGAAGCGACAGGUUGCAGUUUCCAAUAAGCGAGUGCUAGUUGACUCAGGAACGAUGACCGGUAUGCGCAUUUGGAAGAAGGAUUUCGAUCUUUGGAAGACCGAGAUUCAAGCAAUGUUUAGAAGAAACAUCAACCUCACCAUCCUCAUAUUCAGAAUACUAGAGUCAUUCGAUAUGGAUUUCACAUUCAAAGAGGCAAUGGAGAUCUCUCAGUAUCCUUCGGAGGAACUGCUUUCUCAUGCACUCAUUCGUAUUGGUUUCAACAUAAAACAAUCAACCUAUACACAAGAUAAUGAAACCAAAGUAGAGUAUCAAAGUAUUUCAAAACCAACUGGAAUGCCAUUCAAGCUAUUGUUGGCUACUAUCUUGGACUAUAUGAAAUAA